UCUAUCUUGUUCAAUGUUGGUCGAUGCUGUGCACCAAUAGCACUGCAGUUGUACAAAGAGAUCUACUCCCUCCCCCAUCCAUCCUCACCACUGUAGUCAGUAAUGCUUCGAGCCCGAGAUGAGAGGAUGAGGCGUUUAAACGCUCAGAUUUGAUAAUAUGCAUUUAUUUUUCAUCUCAUGGUGCCUAUAUAUGGAGCUUUCUGGAAUACAACAUAUUCGUUGUUGAUGGAUUUUCGCGUUGGCCUUCAUAUGCUGAACAAUAUUUCGAUGGGAUAUAACGUUGUAUUGUAAGGACCGGGAUGACAAAGAGAAUGGGAUACCGAGACUGGAGAUGGCAGGCACUUUGGUGGCAUCAUUUCUUUCUCUUGUGGACUACAAUAAACGGACAGACUCGUUACAGCAUCCCGGAGGAACUAAAACAGGGCUCGGUGGUAGGAAAUCUAGCCAAAGAUUUGGGUCUCGGACUAUCAGAGAUUUUUGAUCGUAAACUGCGUGUCGCCUCUGAGGCUGGUGAGCAGUAUUUCAGUGUGGAUGCGGGGAAAGGCGAGCUGGUGGUGAAUGACAGAAUAGACAGAGAGGCUUUAUGUGGACAAAGCUCAAGCUGUGUUUUACCUCUGCAGGUUGUAAUAGAAAACCCGCUACAGUUGAACCGGAUAGAAGUUGAAAUAAGAGAUGUAAAUGACAAUGCUCCAAGUUUUCUCAAAAGCGAUAACAUAUUAGAAAUCGCUGAAUCAACCGUUGUAGGUGUUCGUUUCCCCUUAGAGAGUGCAGAGGAUCCCGAUGUUGGGAGUAACGGAGUAAAGACGUACACACUAAGCAAAGAUGAUUGCUUCACUUUAAAAGUUAAAGAAAUUGAAAAUGGACGUAAAAUUCCAGAAUUGGUAUUGAGUAAAUCCCUUGAUCGCGAGAAAAAAGUAAUACACGAUUUAUUUCUUACUGCUAUGGACGGAGGCAAUCCGGCCAAGUCUGGAACUUCAAAAAUAACUGUCAAUGUGCUUGAUGUCAACGAUAAUGUGCCACUAUUCGAAAAUACGUUUUAUAAAGUCGCUGUUCAAGAAAACAGUUUAAAUGGCUCAUUUGUAAUUAAAACAAAAGCAACAGACAUAGACGAGGGUCCAAAUGGAGAAAUUGAGUACUCGCUUGGUAAACACACACCACCAUCAGUGCUGUCACUAUUUCAUAUAGAUACUGUAACGGGAGACAUUUAUUUGAAAAAAGAGCUGGACCACGAAACUCAAGCUUCAUAUAGAAUAGACAUUAGUGCAAAAGACAAAGGCUUUCUUAAAAUGGAGGCUCACUGCAGUGUGCAAGUCGAUGUCUUAGACGUUAAUGAUAACCCACCAGAUAUUGUUCUGACUUCAAAACCUACUGCUCUUCCCGAAGACUCUCGCAGUGGAACAGUAGUUGCUUUGCUUAGCGUCCGUGACCUCGAUUCCGGUGACAACGGUAAAGUGACGUUAAAACUUCCCAAAAGUUCUCCGUUUAAUCUGAAAGCAUCAUUUUCUAAUAAUUACGCACUGGUUACAAGUGGUUCAUUAGACAGAGAAAGAUUUUCAGAGUAUGAUAUCGAGAUAACAGCCACUGAUUCAGGCUCUCCUCCUCUGUCCAGUAAGACAAUUAUACCUGUCAUCAUCAGUGAUGUGAAUGAUAACGCCCCUUUAUUCACUCAGCCAUCCUAUAAUGUGUAUUUAAAAGAGAAUGGGGUGCUAGGCUCUAUACUGUACUCAGUAUCAGCAUCUGACCUGGAUUUUGGUGAAAACGCUAAAAUCUCCUACUCCAUCUUGGACUCUAAAGUGCAGGACGUGUCUGUCUCGUCUUAUGUUUACAUUAACUCAGAUAACGGCAGCAUCUACAGCAUGCACUCGUUUGACUAUGAGAAACUGAAGGUGUUUCAGAUCCAGGUGCAGGCAAAGGAUCAGGGCUCUCCGUCUCUCAGCAGCAACACCACUGUCCAUGUUUUUAUCCUGGACCAGAACGACAAUGCCCCCGCUGUUAUUUACCCCUCCUCCGCUGUCCUGGGCUCCCUCUCUCACCAGAGGAUGUCCCGCUCUGCUAAAGCGGGUCACCUGGUUACUAAGGUGACGGCCGUGGAUGCUGACUCGGGCCAUAAUGCCUGGAUCUCCUACAAGCUGGCGGAGGCCACAGACGCCUCUCUGUUCACUGUCAACCUGUACACAGGGGAGGUGAGGACUAAACGCGCUGCGUCCGAGCAGGACGACUCCUCUCAGAGGCUGCUUAUAGAGAUCAAGGACGACGGGGAACCGAUGCAGUCCGCCACCGUCACGGUGUCCAUCCUGCUGGAGGACGGCCUCCAUGAGCCCAUCUUAGACCUCCGACAGAAAACGGCCGAGCCCAGCAGGAAAACUGGGAGAAUCACCCUGUAUUUGAUUCUCUCUCUGGCCUCGGUGUCCGUGCUGUCUCUGGUGACUUUUCUCAUCUUAGCGGUUAAAUGCAUGAGGAACAGCAGCAGCAGCGGUAGUUGCUGCAUGACACGAAGCGACUGUGAUAAUUACAAGAACCCCAACAGAAACAUGCAGAUUCAGCUCAAUACUGAUGGACCUAUAAAGUACGUGGAGGUCCUGGGAGGAGACAUGAUGUCUCAGAGUCAGUCCUUCAGGUCCUGCAUGUCUCCAAUGUCAGAGUACAGUGAUUUCACUUUGAUUAAGCCCAGCAGCACCACUGACUUUACGGAGGUGAUCAGUGUUCUGGAUGCGUCUUUACCCGACAGCACGUGGACCUUUGAGAGCCAGCAGGUGAGCAGACAAAAUAUGGCCUUUAGUGUAAUUUAAUAUCAUUGUUCGCAUUUUUAAACAUAUAAAUGACAUCCGAUCAUAUGUUUUCAUCUCUUAAGCCAACAAAUAAUCGGUCACAAGACGUUAUCUUUCUUUAUUCCUUCUUUGUGUUCUUUGUACCUGCAAUCCUCCUUAGCCGAUAAGUGCUUAGAGUUUCGGUGAUAUCACCUCCUGGCUACCUAUGUAGUUCAAACGUAUUUAAGAUUCCGUCAUUUUAUAUUAUAAUUGUGUUCCAUUGGCAUUGUCAGUUUAUAAAUGCAACAAAUUAUUGAGCUUAAAAUGUUCAUCACUCUAUAGACUUCUGUUGGUUGCGUAUACUGUCGGUUUGCAAAGAGGAUGUUACCUUUAACACUGCCUUAUUGUUGUUUGUGCUUUAAAAUCCUACUUUUGUAACAAUUCAAAUGUUCUAUAGCUCUAUUUGCAUAGGGUGAAUUGCCCUAAUGUGGGACAUUUUUUGCGUUUCAGACAUCUGGAAUAUAUUGCGAUAUGAAGCCGAUACAAUAAAUCAAAAUCCAGUACCAUUCUGAAAUCCCCAGGAUGUGUCCUAAUCAAACCAAAAGAGAAAAUGCAGAUAUUACACUCAUAAAAGAAAUGGUAGACAUAUCAGUACUCUUAGUGCCAAGUUGUCUCAGACAAUCUGCAUUUCCUAAUGUGGGACAGUUCUGUGCAAAAUGUGGGACACUGAAAAGUCUAUGUUAAAAAGCCUCAGUCACCUUAAUUCAUGUAAUAAAAACAUCUCAGGUCAGUAACACUCAAAGCUAAAUGUGCAAUACCAUGUUCAGCUAUGUUACUUUCAUAAUGUUAUUGUUGUUACAACAGAAGAUGUUUUUCUUUAAAUUGAAGUUGAAUGCAUCAAUCUGGUGCACUUUGAGGGCAAAAUUAAGAGAUGUAUGGAUACAGUUCUCAACAAUCAUAUGAAACAGAACUGUAUAUAUUUCAAUAAUCAAAAAACCAUUAGAAUAUGCUCACAACCAAUAACACAUAUUUGAUAAACUCUUCUCUCCUAUCUUUAUCUUACCUAGUCUGCAUUUUUUAUUUUUUAUUUAUGCAUAUUCGACUAAUCACUCCCCUUUUAAACUGUGUUUUUUUUAUAUAUAGCACAUAUUGGAAUGAUGUCUUAACUUAGGCUAUUUUUUACAAUGUGU